AUGGCUCGCAUUAGCCUGGACAACCUGGUCGGGGACCCGUUUGCGUUGGCGUCGGUGUCCAUAUCAUUGCUCGCCUGGUUAAUCACGUUCAUUUCGGCCAUCAUCUCUAGUGUUCGCGAUUCUUUCCCAAAUAUCUAUUGGUGGACCGUGGCAUAUAUGUUCCUGUGCAUCAUGGGCAUCGCAUAUGUCAUGGCCACGGGCACCACUCACAUCUACAGCACUGCAAUCGUCGGCUAUGUUUCAGCUGGCCUUGCAUUUACAACAUUCGCCGUGGACGUCCUAAUAAAGGACAAGUCUGGAUCGAAAGAGGCGGCCGGUGCUGGCUUUCUACUCCUCUGUAUUGUCAAUGUUGUUUGGAUCUUUUACUUCGGCUCGGCACCUCAGUCGCGUUCUCGCAACUACAUCGAUUCCUUCGCCAUGCACAAAGAGCAGCCACCUUAUCUUAACUCUAGCCAGAUGUCAAAUCACUACACCAAUCGACCCGAUACUACCGUAUCCAACCAACCCCCACAAAUGUACACCUCUGCUCAACUGAAUGGGUUCGAAACCUCGUCCCCCAUGUCCGGCUUCGGAGGACCAACAGGAGCCGCCGGAACCGCAGGCAUUGGCAAUUCGCAAGUCAACCUAGCUGCUACCGGUAACGCGGCCGGAGGAGCAGGCAAUGAAGUCAGCCCACCAACCGAAUACCCGUACCGUGCCAAAGCCAUCUACUCGUACGAGGCCAAUCCCGAUGACGCCAAUGAAAUCAGCUUUACAAAACACGAGAUCCUAGAGGUAUCCGAUGUAAGUGGGCGAUGGUGGCAGGCGAAAAAGUCGACGGGAGAAACAGGAAUUGCGCCAUCGAAUUAUCUGAUCCUGCUUUGA